AUGCAGGUGAAAGAAGAAAAGAAUUUGUACGAUAUUUUAGGCUGCCAAAAUGAUGCUUCGUCGGCUGAAAUCAGAAAAGCAUAUCAAAAUUUGAUUUUAAAAUGUCACCCAGACAAGUGCUCAUCCAGCCAAACGGAUACAUAUCUUUCUGUUACGAAGGCCUGGAAAAUUUUAGGAGAUCCAGUUUCCAGAAAAAAAUACGAUGCUGAAUUAUUUUCUGAACAAAGUAAAAUUAUUUUAUAUGCAACUUUGACCCGUGAUGAAUUGAGCUAUGAUGAUGAGAGUGAAAUAUACUAUUAUCCAUGUCGAUGCGGUGGCACUUAUGUUAUUGAUGAAAUUGCUUCAAUGAAUGAAGAUUUGUGUAUUGGAUGUGAUGAAUGCUCUUUCUCAAUAUUAGUUAAGAAAAGUGUAUAA